UUAUCGAUAACAAAAAUAGUAAUGGCUCCGCAUUUAAAAAUAAUGCUUUCGAAAGCAAGUACAAUGCCUGUACCGAAUUCACUUUUUGUUUUGGUUGUAAAUGAAUUGAAGGAAAUGGGAAUUAAACACAAAGAAAAGAAACCCAAAAUAAUAAAGGCUUCAGUCGAACAUCGGUUGUUUCGCCAAGGAUUGCAAUACCUAAAAUUGGCAGAUGCAUUUCUGGAAAAUGGAACAGUGGUACAGAUACCGCAAUUUGUUGUCGAAGCUUGUAGUUUUAUAUUGGAGCAUUGCGAAACGGAAGGCAUAUUUCGAAGAGCGGGCUCAGCGAUAAAGCAACGAGAGAUUCGUAAAUUUCUCGAAGCUGGAAAUUCUUUAGGAAAAUGCCACCGGGUUAUAGAUGUUGCCAAUAUUGUGAGUUAUUUCUUUCGAGAGUUACCUGAACCCCUUAUUCCAUCUUAUUUACACGACACUCUCGUAAGAUGCCUGUUAACUCCAACAACAUCAACAUCAAAUACCAUUCAUUCCAUGCAAUUGACUUGUUUGAUAAUGCCCUUGCUGACAGUUCAAACUCUGGCAUAUUUUAUGCAAUUUCUAAACACGAUCACAAGGCAUGUCGGCUCCAACAAAAUGAGUGCUCAAAACUUGGCAAUUGUAAUUGCACCUAGUAUCAUGCCAUACCGUGAUAUUAACAGCGUCCGCUUCAAGAAUCACAUUAAAAUAGUUGAGAUGCUUAUCAACAACGCUAGCGUUAUUGGAAAUAUCCCAGAAAGGAUUCAAGAUAAACUUGGUAGCAAAUCCAAGAAUCUAUUGAACACAUGCUUAAUAGCGACAAAAAAAAAGCGACAUGAAUGCCGCAGACCUCUUACUACCCAAAUGCAGCGACGAAGUAAUAUUUUUAGUAUGUUGAAGACAAGGGUUGGUUUAACAAUGAAUAGCUCUCCUGCAAAGCAAAGUGAUACUUCCAAUACCCAAGAAUUUGAGCUGAACAAGGAAACCUCAAAGGAUAAAUGUGGAUCUGAAAUAAUCGUCAAGUCGCAAAUAUGUGCUGAACCUUUUGACGCUUUUCGAUCGAAACAAAAUGAACUAAUGAAUAUGAAUGAGAACUGUGAAAAUCAACCAACUAACAAGCGAAGAUGGAGUGUUGCUCCAUCAGGCUUCGCAAAAGAUAACAAGAAUAAAAACAUGAUAAAAAAUAUUCAAAUCCAAUCAGGUGAUUAUGUGAAAUCAAACGUAAACACAAAAAAUUGUCCACAUACUUGCGACAACGAACUCGAUGCUGUUUUGGAACGGGUAUCAUCAAUAAAAAGCAAAAGUAAUACGCCCAAAGAGAAAUGCUUCCAUAACUUAGAAAGUCUUGUAUCUGAAGAAAUUUGUGUGAAAACCGAACCAAAUAAUACAAAAUUAAAAACACGACGCAGUAGUGAAGGUAAUUUUGUACGAUCCCUAAAUGUAGUUGGGACGGCACGGAGAACACGAGAACAUAUGUCGUCACGCAUUUAUCGGCAUAUCCCUUGCAAUAUUAAUGUACCAUCAGAUUCAACACCAAAUUUUCGUUCUUCCAAAAGUCAAAAUUCAAAUACCCCAAGUCCUGGUAUUAUACAGAAGGAUUUUAAUCAGUGGUUGCCAGCUGAACAUUUUUUUAAAAAUUUGGAUAACUGUUAUACUCCGGUGCAAAAAAUACGAGUUCACUACGAUUCAAAAACGCAGGGGUUCCAAAAUUUAAAUAAAGAACUAUAUUUUACAAAAAAAAACAUAACAGAAAAGACCAUCGUAAAUAUAAAGUCUUCAUCAAAAAUUAUUGUUGAGGAACAAGGUCGCUCUUCUAUAGCUCGACUUCGUACUGAAAACUUUGGAAUGGUUUUAGCUAGAACUAAAUUAUUUGAAUAGUUGUAAUAAUUUGGUUUAAUAAAAAUCAAAAUAUAUGCCAAUAA